CCACGGCAUAGUCCAUUCAAUGCGCAAUACAGCAUUAGGUUGCAUACAAUUCUUCUGAAGCUAUGACAGAUUGAAAAAAUUAUAUUGAUUUUUGAUUAUACCAUUUUUAAUUGAUUAAAAUUGUUUAUUUUUUUGUAAUGUUAACUGAUAACAAAUGUAUACAAAUACUAUUUAAGCUUAAGAACACUUGAAAUAAAUAUUAGUUGAAGUUUACAUUUACAAAUCUGAAGUUGAAAUCAUCUCAGAUCUCGCUUAAGAUGAAUUGCCAUCUCAUCAGUGCAAUACUUUGCUUGAUAAACAUAGCACUGUUAAGUUGUGUGUGCGGUAAGGCCAUUCAGGAGAGUUUGCAAUCUGAAGAGUUAAAUAAAACACAAUCAAAAGGAUAUAAAUGGGUGUCUCUAAAAUCUGGGGAUAUACUGCCUGAAAAUAUCGUUCUUAUUCAACAUUCGGGAAACAGAUACGUUGGAAGAGCUAGACAUUUUGAUGAAAUUCUUCCAGCCGAAAUCACCGCUGACGGAUCGGCAUUCAUAUCAUCUUGCCACAAGGAAAUACAAAAAGAUCAAUUUGAAAUACUUACAACAUCAGAUGGAUGUGAAUGGAAAUCAUACAAUUCGUAUGGUGACUUAGAAGAAACUAUACUACGUGUUGGAAAUGCUUGGAAUGGUGAACCCAUUUACAUCGCCAAAGCAAUUAAAGGAAAAUUGUUAAAAAUUCAAAAAGAAAAUAUGAGUUUGGUCGAGGCUAAUGCCUCCGAAGGAAGAAGGAAGAAAAAACUUGAUGUCGUCAACGCGAUUCUAUUUCUGAUUAAAAAAUUCGAAAAAACUUUCAGUGGUUACACCGGUAAGGAAGAAAACAAUAAAGAACAACCAGAUACCGAAUCUUUAGAAGAAUCCAAUGACGCAGACAAAGCAUUUCUACUGUCUAUUCUACCUGAUUUUAAAAACCUCGACGAUGAUGAAAAACUUGAGUUUCGAUUACAUACGCUUCAGUUUUUUAAAAAUAUUCGCAAUGGAAAUAAACAACAAUUAGUUGAACCUCAUCCUCAACCAUACUUUGGAAUGCAAUCCCCAAAUCAUCCAAUGCUGUCGCAAUAUUUUUUGAAUUAUCAUUCACAACAAUCAAUGUUUCCAUCUGGAAAUAUACCCUCAUAUGCUGGGAAUCAACAUCCAUUAUUUACACCAACAGCCCAAGACCAAAGUUAUCUAUUUGGAAGACAAGAACCAAUUUUUUGUGAUAGUCUAUCAAAACCAAAACAUUUGGAUGAUUAUUUGUUAGAUUUGAAAUAGAAUUCCAAAUAAAUGAAGGCAAGAAGUUAAAUUUAAUGUAAGAAGUAAAAUAAAUUAUAAAAACAUACAACAUA